GACAAAAUAUAUCAGUAAAAGUUAUCAGUUUGAAAAUGAAAUUUUUAAUAAUAACUAUAUUACUAGCACUUAGUGCAACCAGAAUCGAAAGUGCUCCUGAACCUAAACCUGUGGGUGAACUUUUAAAUUCUAUAAUUCCGGGCCUUGGUAAUACUGUAUCCGGCUUAUUAGAUGGAAUUUUAGGAGGAAAAUCACUGGGGAUAACGAAUUUAGUUGGAGACGUGGUUUGUCGAAAGAAGCUUUGCGACGUUUUGAAAGAACUUGAAAAAGGUGUGAUUGAAAAGGCUAAUGAUAUAAUACAAAACACUGAUAUCGAUCCAGAUAACGAAGAUGCAGGCGAUAUUUUGAGUUUAAUAAAAGAAGCCUCAGGAAUUCUCACAGAUGGAUUUGGACAAACAACAAAAUCACUUUGUUCUAAACAAGGAUAAAAUAAUAAUGUCACCAAAUAAAAUUUUAUUGUAAGAUCGAUCCUACUUAAAUGAUCCCAAUUGUAAACAUUUAACUAAAUACAUAUUACUUAUUAACCCUUUUAACAUAUGUGUAUAAUAUAAAAGUGUGUAAUAGGUAGAGCUUAUAUUAUAUAUAUAUAAUUGUAAUUCCUUUCCAUUUCCCUUUUUUUGUUUUUCAUUACAAUUCUAAUAAAGCACAUUAUAG